UUUAAUGCCCCAUCUACGGUAUUAGAGCCCGGAAUAAUCCCAAGAAGUGUAAAAACUUUAGAGUUGGGCAGUUGGUUCGAUCAAGAGUUAGUGGUUGGUUCUAUUCCGCCAAGUGUUACCAAACUUUAUUUCAACUCUUUUAAUCAAUCAUUUUCAUCAUUUUCAAUUCCAUCAAGUGUAACCAAAUUAGAUUUAGGAAACUCUUUUAACCAAGUAAUAAAAAGAGGUGAUAUACCAGACAGUGUCACGCAUCUUAUAGUUGGCACUUAUUACUCUAAGGAUUUAGCCAUUGAUUCGAUACCACCAUCAGUUAAAAAGCUGUAUUAUAAUGCGGGUCAUCCAAUAACUGUGGGUUCCAUUCCUUCAUCGGUAACUGAUCUCAAGCUAAUGACACAUUUUAAAUCUCCGCUGUGUCCAAACUUAAUACCAAACUCAGUUCAAUAUCUCACAUUGAGUGAUAGAUGUAAUUAUGUGCUAAAAAAAAAAGAUAUACCAUCGUCUGUAAAGGUCCUAGUAUUAGGGCUUCGUUUUAACCAACAACUAGAACCUAGGGUUUUACCAUCAUCCAUCAGGGUACUCCAAUUUGGCAUCUACUUUAAUCAACCCAUAUACGAAGGAGAUAUUCCCAAAGGUGUUAAAUUUUUAAAGCUAUCUGACCAAUUUAAUCAACAAAUUAUCAAAAACGAUCUCCCAUCCACCCUUGAAUACUUGGAGUUUGGUGAACGUUUCAAUCAAGAAAUCGAUGGCAACGAUACCAUUCCACCCUCAGUACACACACUU